GUGAGCUCAGGGGUUUCUUUGAGCACGUCUGUGAACCCAAUGGCUUUAUAUUUCAUUUUUCAGAUGACAAAAUCUUGACAGUUAGAGUCGAGGCACUUUUUAGCCAUUCAAGUCAAGGAUUCAGACGAAAGAAAAAAGGAAAAAGAAAAGAAAAACCAAACAAGAGAAUCUCAAUCUGCUAUUCCAUCACCAACAGUACGCUCCAGAAUAAUUCAACAAAGUUGCGGCCAUGGCUUGGGAGGAACCGAGGAAGACGGGCAUGCAGUAUCGCCGUCUGGGCGACACCGGCCUUCACGUCUCUGCAUUGAGCUUGGGUGGAUGGAUCACGUUUGGUGGCCAAGUCGACAAUGAAAAGACAUUCUCCAUCAUGAAGCAGGCAUACGACUGCGGUAUCAACUUCUUUGACACUGCAGAGAGCUACGCCGGCGGCAAGUCAGAAGAGGCCAUGGGCGCCGCCAUCAAGCACUUCAACUGGAAGCGCAACGACCUGGUCAUCAGCACCAAGCUGAAUUGGGGCGGCGACAACGGCGAGAUCCUGGUCAACAACCACGGCCUGUCGCGCAAGCACAUCAUCGAGGGCCUGCGCGCCUCCCUCAAGCGCCUGGACCUCGAGUACGUCGACAUUGUCUACGCGCACCGCCCCGACCGCCUCACCCCCAUGGAGGAGACGGUGCGGGCCUUCAACCACGUCAUCGAGGUCAAGGGCUGGGCGCUGUACUGGGGAACCUCGGAGUGGAGCGCCGACGAGAUAGCCGAGGCCUGCGGCAUCGCCAACCGCCUCGGCCUGAUCCCGCCCGUCGUCGAGCAGCCCAUGUACAACAUCCUCAGCCGCGACAAGGUCGAGAGGGAGUUUCAGCGCCUGUACAAGCGCUUCGGCAUCGGCCUGACCACCUUCAGCCCGCAAAAGUUUGGCCUGCUGAGCGGAAAGUACAGCGGCCCCAUCGAGACGUGGCCCGAGGGAUCGCGCUUCAGCGACAAGGGCGGCGACGUCAAGUUUGGCAGCACCAUCAGGAACCAGUUCGGCACUGACCACUGGAAGGCAGAGGUGGAGAAGAUCCAGAAGCUCAAGGUCGUCGCCGACAAGCUGGAGAUCUCGCCCUCUCAGCUGGCCGUUGCUUGGUGUCUCAAGAAUGAGAACGUAUCCUCGGUCAUUCUGGGUGCAUCCAAGCCGGAGCAGAUUGUCGAGAACUGCAAGGCCCUGCAACUGGUUGAGAAGCUGACCCCCGAGGUCAUGAAGGAGAUUGAUGGCAUUGUCGGUGAGGUCAAGCUUGACCCUGCAAGACAGGACUAGACUAGAGAAGAAACUUCUUUUUUUUCAUUCUAGACUCUGGAUAGAUCGAAUAGACAUACCAUUGAAACA